UCGACGCCCAUCCAUAUAUAGCUAAGGUUCUGUAGUAAGAAUGACAGUUUCUCUUCUUGGACCAAAGCAUUGUUGAAAAUGGUUGACUACGACAAAAUCCUCCAACAUGUGGGUGAGUUUGGGACUCACCAGAAGAAGAUGUCUUUCUUGGUGUAUCUGCCGGUGAUGACGAUGGGGAUGCACACCAUGGCCAUGGUGUUCCUGGCGGCCACGCCGGCGCACCGCUGCAGGGCGCCCGAGGGAGACGUCCUGGCGGCCCGGUACAACUGGACCGAGCCCGAGAAGCUGAAUGCGACCAUCCCGUGGACGAAGGACGAUGACGGGAAUCUGGUGCGAAGCAGCUGUGAAAGGUACGAUUUGUCUGCGCUUCCUUCCAAUGGCAAUCUGAACGGCACAUUGGAAGUUCUCUCGUCGAACCUGACCACGAAGUCGUGCGAUGUCGGCUGGCAUUACGACCGGAGCCAGUACAAAUCCAGUAUCACGAUGGAGAUUUUAACAGUUUUAUCAUCAAUUGCAUGCAUGUAG